UCAUGAUCCUCAACAACGACGCAAUCUUCCUGUAUGAGCACGAGUCGUCCAAGUCCCCCAAAGCUGUCACGGUACUCACGGAGUACAAGGCCGUCACGCGCUACUCACCCCGCUCCAAAGUUCACGACUGGUGCUUCUCCAUUGUCCCUGGCAACGCGCGCCUCCGGCCCAUCAAGUUCGCCUGCGCCAGCGACAAAGACCGGAGGACGUGGAUGGCCGCCGUGAAGAAACUCCUGUACGUGGCCAACCGUAUCUCCGAACCCGCCAUCUCCUUUGAGGAGAGGUUCGCGAGUCUGGCGGUGAGGCACGGAGAUGAGGAGUACUCCACCAUCGACGCCGAUGACAACGAGGAGUACACUCUCCUAGAGGAGCCCGUCUUCCAGGAGUUUGCCGGAGUCAGCCCAGCCGAGGGGGAAGACGAUUGCUCCGAUUCCGACAUGUCGGACCAAGGGAAGGGCAGACUAAACAGAAUCAGCGACAUUUCCACGAAUAGCCGGAACAGAAGCAGCGACAUUUCCACCAGUAGCGGGAACAGAAUCAGCGACAUUUCCACAAGUAGCGGCAGUGGCAGUGGCUCCUUUCCAGCCAGUCGCAGUACCGGUAUGUGGAGCUCCUAUGGUGGUAACUGUGACGCAGGGAGCGCGCCACCGAAACCCACAACCGCAGCAACAACAACAACAAGUAAAAAGCCCUUUCAGAGAAGGCAGUCAGACCCUGUGCCGCUCCCACAAGCCCCGCCCUUGCCCUGUGGGAGGAAAGUUUCCGCCAGUUGCUCUGACUACGUCAACACGAGACCUCGCCUACGAGACGAGAACGACUAUGAGAUUUGUCAGGACGAGAGCGAGGCUUGCCUGCUGGACCAGUGCUCUAUGCUGGGUCGGCCACACAGCCGGGAAGACUGUCUGUGCAUGCUGAGAGAGGGUGAGCUGGGAACCUAUCUUAUCCGCGACUCGAGGAACGACGUGUUGAAAGUCCUCUCUCUGCAGGCCGGGGACGAUGGCUUGAAGGAACUCAAAAUAUUUGAAAUUGGCGGCAAAUAUUCAUUGGACAAAAACAAUAAAUUUGAAAGUUUGGAGGAACUUUUGAAAUUCUACACCAUGAUGAUGCCCGUCCCCCGAACCAACGUGUUUCUGAAACAAGGCAUUCAUCACAGCCGUGGCGGGGAACUGGGGGACUAGAUCUACUGUGGGCCGGACACAUUGUUCUAGGGGACUAGAUCUACUGUGGGCCGGACACUUUGUUCUAGGGGACUAGAUCUACUGUGGGCCGGACACAUUGUUCUAGGGGACUAGAUCUACUGUGGGCCGGACACAUUGUUCUAGGG